GAGAGGAAAAGAGGCAACCGAGAGGUCAGGUGAGAACGCACAGGGCGGUCUUGUUUCUGGUCAAACGGAUGUCGGGGGGAGGAGGGGUUCUCCACAACUUGAAGCUACCUGCAUAUGGAUCUCGUUACCUUGACAUCUACCUGUUUACCCGUGGAGCUAUCUACCUGCCUGCACACCUGUGGACAUAGCUACCUGCACGGCUGUGGAGGCAUCUACCUGGAUACAAGACUACUCUCUGGAGCUUUGAUUUGGGAUGUGUCCUGGCCUCUCUCCUGCCUUCUGAAGACAGUGCUUCACUAUGGGGGAGGUCCAGAAGGGCUUGCUCUCAGUGAUCCAGAAGCUGAAAGGGACCACAGAGGAGGAGUUAAGGAUUGUCCUGCUGGGUUUAGACAACGCUGGGAAAACCACUCUUCUUAAGAAACUAGCGUCCGAAGAUGUCAACACCAUCACUCCUACACAGGGCUUCAACAUCAAGAGCAUCUCGUGUCAUGGCAUGAAGCUGAACGUGUGGGACAUUGGAGGCCAGAGAAAGAUCCGACCCUUCUGGAAGAAAUACCUGGAGAACACAGAUCUGCUGAUCUAUGUGAUUGACAGCGCAGACAAGAAGAGGUUUGAAGAGACUGGACUGGAGCUGUCAGAGCUGAUCGAGGAGGAAAACCUUCAGGGUGUCCCAGUCCUGAUUUACGCCAACAAGCAGGACCUGGCCACCGCCUCCCCAGCCAGUGAGAUUGCAGAGGGGCUCAACCUGCACACCUAUCGCGACUGCCAGUGGCAGGUCCAGGCCUGCUCCGCCGUCUCCGGGGAGGGCGUCCAGGAUGGAAUGAACUGGAUCUGCAACAACAUCGUCAACAAGAAGUGAACCCUGACCCUUGACCUCCUGAAGAAUCAUUCCAGAAUGGGAACACUCACACCACUGACUGUACUGAAUGUCACUUAGCAGUGUGUGUAGAUACAACCUGAACAUUAGUUUUCCUUCAUCAUAUGAGCAAAGUAUGAGAGUAAAUAAACACCUUAUUGAAUUAG